AUGCAUGGAAUACAACACCAUUCUGCAUUAAACAGUGAUGAAGAGAUGCAUGGAAUACAACACCAUUCUGCAUUAAACAGUGAUGAUGAGAUGCAUGGAAUACAUCAUUUUGCAUUAAACAGUGAUGAGAUGCAUGGAAUACAACCUCAUUCUGCAUUAAGCAGUGAUGAAGAGUUGCAUGGAAUACAACAUCAUUCCGCAUUAAACAGUGAUGAAGAGAUGCAUGGAAUACAACACCAUUCUGCAUUAAACAGUGAUGAAGAGAUGCAUGGAAUACAACACCAUUCUGCAUUAAACAGUGAUGAAGAGAUGCAUGGAAUACAACACCAUUCUGCAUUAAACAGUGAUGAUGAGAUGCAUGGAAUACAUCAUUUUGCAUUAAACAGUGAUGAGAUGCAUGGAAUACAACAUCAUUCUGCAUUAAACAGUGAUGAAGAGAUCCAUGGAAUACAACAUCAUUCUGCAUUAAACAGUGAUGACGAGAUGCAUGGAAUGCAACAUCAUUCUGCAUUAAACAGUGAUGAAGAGAUGCAUGGAAUACAACAUCAUUCUGCAUUAAACAGUGAUGAAGAGAUCCAUGGAAUACAACAUCAUUCUGCAUUAAACAGUGAUGAUGAGAUGCAUGGAAUACAACAUCAUUCUGCAUUAAACAGUGAUGAAGAGAUGCAUGGAAUACAACAUCAUUCUGCAUUAAACAGUGAUGAAGAGAUGCAUGGAAUACAACAUCAUUCUGCAUUAAACAGUGAUGAUGAGAUGCAUGGAAUGCAACAUCAUUCUGCAUUAAACAGUGAUGAUGAGAUGCAUGGAAUACAACAUCAUUCUGCAUUAAACAGUGAUGAUGAGAUGCAUGGACUAUAA